AUGGGCUCGACUCUUUCUACACUGUCUACCGCUCUCACGAAAGGCGCAGAGUCUGCAUCAUAUAAUGGACACCCCACCGAACAAGACGUGGUCGACGUCCGCGAAUUCAUGCUCAGUUUCCUCCCUAUCGAAAUUAUAGACCUCAUACUAGAUUUUGGCGAAUACUGGCCCUGCCUUCGAGUAGACUCUAACAAUGAAAUUGAGGCGGUAGCUUCGGGCACUAUUACCGGAGAGGCAACCUGGUUGUAUCUCAUCUCUCCACCCAUACCACCGAGGGAAAUAUCCGGCACCGAUAGCAGACAUCGAAGGAUACGCAAGGUGACAUUCGAGAUGGAAAGCCACGACCAGGGAUGGACAAGUUUUCCGGAAAACAUAGGCACAUAUAACGGUUCAUGGAGCUGGUUCGAAGCUAUCAUCUUCAGACCCUCAGUUUCACCAUGUUGGGUCGACCUUAAUUCCGGUCCAUUCAAUUUCGGUGCCACCUUCAAUGCUCAAGAUAUCAAAGAGCUUUUCCCAGAACCAAAUCCGAACGGCUGGCUCAUCCAGACCAAUAUUGUUGCUAACAAUGAAUCCCUAUCCCAUUCAGUGACCUGGACAGAGUUUGAAGACGAAGAAGCCUUUGUCGAUCCAACAUCUCUGAAAGGCCGAGAAGGACUCGGACAUGAACUUGUUAGAUCUUUGGAGCCUGGCGACAGGAUUAUGCUGAUGGCCAAAUCCAAAUUCCCUGGAUGGACGAAUCAUAUUUAUGAAGGCUCGAUCGAAAUUUAUUAUUCCAUAUAG